AGAUGUUCCAUAGAUGCCGAUAAAAUUGACUCAAUAGGCAAAGAUGGACAUGGGCAGUAUUUUCGAGACUUUCGUCACUGCAUCGACUUUCCGUUCCAUACAAAAUUCCUUCUAUCAGCUGUGCAUAGCGGCUGAUAUCGACCCAUCGGAUUCGAUCAACGUGUAUAGAAAACUUCGACUUAUAGAUGACUGGAAAGCCCAGAAAUUAUUCAAGCUUCUAGACAAGAAAUGGGAACUUGCCGAGUACAAAAAGCAAACAGCCUGCGAACGGCUAAAUGUUUUCGUAAUUGGAGCUGGGCCAUGUGGCCUACGAUCUGCCAUCGAAUCUGCUCUGCUAGGAUCUCGUGUUGUACUGGUCGAACAGCGUGAACGAUUUAGUCGCAACAAUGUUUUGCAUCUCUGGGAAUUUGUAAUUCAAGAUCUGAAAUCGCUAGGAGCCAAGAUAUUCUACCCAAAGUUCUGUACUGGAAGUAUCGAACAUAUUAGCAUUCGCCAAUUGCAAUGCAUUCUUCUCAAAGUUGCCCUUUGCUUUGGAGUGCAGAUUCACGAUUCUGUUACAUUUGUUCAGUUAGUUUUCCCGAAGAAGGAGGGUAAUCAUGUCACCGGUUUUCGGGCAAGUCUGGAGCCUAAAGGUCAUAUUCUGUCUGAAUAUGACAUUGAUGUGAUUGUGGCAGCGGACGGUAAAAGGAACACCAUACCGGGGUUUCCUCGUGAAGAAAUGCGCGGCAAAUUAGCUAUAGGUAUAACGGCCAAUUUUGUCAAUAACAAGACAUAUGCUGAGGAGAGAGUGCCCGAGAUAAGCGGAGUCGCCUACAUAUUUAACCAAGCGUUUUUCAAGGAAAUGUACGCUAAGACCGGUGUUGACCUCGAGAAUAUUGUUUACUAUAAGGAUGACACGCACUACUUUGUCAUGUGUGCUAAGAAACAAAGCCUUCUUGACAUGGGUGUCAUACUUCAGGACAAUGAGGAUGUCUCUCAACUUCUUUCUUCUCAAAAUGUUGAUCAAGAGGCUUUGUGUCGAUACGCCAUAGCUGCUGCGGACUUCGCAACGAAUGGGAAACUUCCCUCCCUCAACUUUGCCAAAAAUCAUCGAGGUGAAGAGGAUGUCGCUAUGUUCGACUUCACUAGCUUAUACUCGUCUAAGUGUUCGGUACGAUUAGUGGAAAGAAUGAACAAGUAUCUUCUGAUGGGAAUAGUCGGAGAUUCUUUGCACGAGCCAUUUUGGCCCACUGGAUCCGGUUGCGCUCGUGGUUUCUUGGGUGUCUUGGAUACGGCUUGGUUGAUUAGGGAGUAUGGAAUUAACAAAAGAGGACCUUUGGAAAUGAUUGCUGAACGCGAGAGCAUCUAUCGUUUGUUGGCUCAGGUCACCAAGGAUAAUAUGAAUAGGGCCAUAAGCAGGUACACUAUCGAUCCUCGAACACGGUAUGUACAUCUCGAGAUGCCCUUGCAACCUGAGGAUGUGGUCCAGAUUGUCAGCUCAGAUAACCCGAGAAUGGCUCCUAUAGGACAGGCGCUGGUUCUCAAUAAUGCUAGUUCCGUACAUGCAAAUCCCGCCCUCCGCAAAUAUUCUUUAUGGAAGUUCUGCCAUCAAGCACUAUCGCCGUACAAAUUGAAGCUUUAUGAUCUCAAUAGUUGCUGGAACGAUGGAAGAGCACUUGCCGGAUUAGUUGCGAAGUUUCGGCCAAGCGCUUUGGAUUAUUUCAAUGUCAUCAAUAUGCCAAAUGUCAAUGAUAGGUUGCAGGCUAUCUUCAACGCUAUACGAGAUGAUAUGGGAAUCACUCCACCUUGCUCAACCUACCAGUGGGCCCAUCUAAAGCCUGAAGCCAAGUUUGAUUAUAUCGAGAAAGUCGUGCACUACCUGAGAGCGGAUCAUGGUCGAGUGAAGAACGUUAUGGUUACAGUGCGACCUCAUGCUGUACAGAAAAGAAAGAACCAGAAACCGAUCAUGACUACGACCCCAAAGAGAAGCGGAUCUAUCAAACGCUUGGCCGAUAAUAUCUUGGGUUGUUCCACGUUCAAGCCAAGUACUUUUGCCGCUCCAGUUGUAGAAGAUACAACACUUUCAUCUGCUGCAUGCAUACGCCGUGAUGAUGAUGUUGAUGAUGACUUUGAAAACUCUGACACCGGUCCAAUACCACGCAGAAACUCCAAAAUCGUUCGUCAUUAUUCUUAUAGAACUUUACGUGAACAAAAUGAUGAAGACGCGAAACACUAUACAAAACGGCCACAUGUGGAUCGGUUGAAUCCAGAUCUUGUGCAGAAGGUAGAACGAAUUAUUACCGGAGAUGUGGCAAAACAGCAAACGUCUGAGUUUUAUGCUGAGAAGAAUCGCAAGGCAGAACAGUUCACCCACAAACUGCCGAAGAACGACAUUGAAGAAAUGGAGAAGAGGUUAGAACAUUCUGGAAUGGGCGUUCUGUAUGCGAAAACCGAGCACAUAAAUAGUCAGGAUGAGAAGAUCAUUCGAACAAAUGCUGCUUAUGCUCGCAAAGAGGCUGAAGGAGGAUUUUCGAACGAGGAGAAGCUAAGCCGCUUCAGGGAAUAUGACGAUAAGAUUGCCAAAUCAACAGAAGUGAUGAAAAUGCGCGAUCUUGCCGGCGUUGAUCCAUUCGACAAAUGGCGACAGCCUAACCCCUAUCCAGCAGAAAUCGUUAGGGAUAAUAUCCAUAAACAGCCUAACGUGCCUCCUACUCCACCUAAGCGGACUAAAGUAGUGACCAAUCAUGCGCCGGACGGUGUUGUCAUGAGGCCAGUCGCUCCGGUAGCACCGAAGCGCCACGUGUCAGCGCCGAUGAUGUCUUCGCUGUACGAUAGUGUCAAUGCAAGACGUCAAGAGACUUGCCGCCUUUGUGACAAAGUUGUAUAUCUGGCCGAGCGAAUGCAGGUAGAAUCCAUGUAUGUCCAUAAAAACUGCUUCCGUUGUGCUUACUGUACUCAACCACUUCGGCUGGGCGAAUAUGGUAAAGACAAGGAUCUGGAGUAUCACUAUCCCAGAAAGUUCUUCUGCAAAAUCCAUCUACGCGUACCUCUGAAGGAAAAGAUUGCACGAAUCGAACGUGCUGCUCGAAUGCUCGAGAGGAACGCGAGCCGAGAGCAGGAAGUAGUGCCAGAAAACGGUGUGAUUGAGGAAUCACCCAUCACUGAACAACCUGCGAUGCCAGUGUCGAGCGAGGCUCCAGCACACAGCGCAACGCUGAGCUUCUUCUCGCCAGAGCAGAUCAGAGACAGAACUGUACAGAGGAUGCGUGAAUCUGUGACUGGACCCAUUUCACCAGUGUCUGAAAUACCAAGCGCUGACGAGCGCACUCCAGAAAGAGCGGAGUUCCGUAAUCAAGUGAGGAAAUCGAGUGUGCCUUCCACGGAAGCCAACCAUGCUGCAGCUGAAGUCCCAUCAAACUCGACUAGCUUUGCAUCUGAAGAAGACGAGUACGAUGAUGCAUGCUCGAGUUGCUCGUUGGCUUCUUUCGAUGACAAAGAUAAUGAGGGUUCCGAAAGGCCUACCAGAGAAAGAAUAGAAGACACGAGCGCAUCAGAAGGCGAAGACGAUGGGCUCGAAGAAGAGGAGCUUGAAGAGUUGGAGAAGACGGUGUUGCAGCUCAACGAUGAAGAUCCUGAACGUCCACUGACAGAUGCGCAGGUCAUCUCAGUCAUUAAUAAGAUCAACGAGCGGAGAGAUUCGCAAAUGACUACUCCAAGAGUCUUGUCUGAAACUCCUGACCAUAAGGCGAUCAAAGAGGAAAAAUUCUACACACCAAGGGAGAAAUUCUUCCGGAACAUGGCUGGCUCAGCUGUUGACAGCCAUGAUUCUGCGCCUAACGCUAAUCGUACAAAUAAUGUGGAAGACAAAUUUUCGACACCGUUGGCUGUACCACCGGAGGCUUGGGAUAUCAAGAAGAAGAAGGCAGCUGACUUAGAGCGGUUACGCGUCGAAUCUCGGAUGAAGGCAAAACUGAAGACUGACGAAGAACUAGGAUUAGCGAAAUCCGGCGCUAGAAUACACAACAUGCCUGUGAUCAAACUACCAAAACCAGUUUCACCACCAGCUCGGGCUCGUGGUAUGUCAAUGACGAACGAGCCUACCAAGUCGCCAAGAGUGCAUCGUUCAUUGACGGUGGGCGCCUACGAUGCUCCCAGUGUUGUAGAAAUGCCUGGACAAAGUAGAGAGCCGGAACCCUUGGAACAACAGCAGCGAGGCCGUCCGGCCCUGCCACGAUCUCGAGUUCAGGGCCUACUCACACGCCUGUUCAGCCCUGAUUCCAGAAGAUUAGAGCCAAGGGCUGGACAAUCUAAAAGCCCAUCGAAUAAUGCCGAUCGAAUUCAUUCGGAAAGCCGAAAAGAAACCAGCAUGCUUGGUAGCACAUUCAGACGUUUCAAAAUGAAACGAGAAGAACACAGAGAAAGUCCAACGUCAUCAGCGCGCAGUUCUCCUUGCACGUCACCAAAUCCACUAGUGUCGAAUGUAGAACAGGAUAAUCGAGAUGUGCCAUGUGCGGCUGUUGCGCCGUCUCCGCGAUUUGAAACUGAGGUAUGCCAUUCUCCAACGCAUAUUUCCGUAAAUGAGCGGAAUAUACGACUAUUCCAAAAGCGCGCCGAGAAGAUAAGGAGACAGCAUGAUGAUGAGCGACGGCGCAGCGCUCAGGAAAUACAGCGAGGCCUGCAAGAAUGUGAGAUUCGUCUUGAAGAGAUCAGAUGCAAGGGGCAAUCGCUGGAGAUGAAGCUACUUGAAGAUCCUGAGAAUGGAUGGGCGAUGGAGUCGUGGUUUGCUCUAGUACAUGAACGUGAGGUAUUGAAAUGCAAAGAAGAGAUGCUUAGGUUAAGCAAGAAAGAAAUGGAGCUUGAGGUGAAAUACCGAGACUUGAAUCUUCGUUUUAAACGGUUGGGUGAGGGUAUGAACGACAAUCUUGCGGCUAACAGUGAACUGCUGGCUGCAAUGUUAGCCGUGGUUGAGGAAAAGAAGGAGGUCAACAGGCUAAGCGAACAAGCCAAACAAGCCUAUAAGAAAGUCAAUCCGUCCAUACAAGCAAUGAGAGAAAAGGGUCGCAACUUUCAGAAGUUCAAGCCAAUAUUCUCUUGUAUGUAAAAAUUUAGUAAGUAUACUUUUCUUUUCUCUUGCAGUUUCCGUUCUCGAUUUAACUUUCAUAUUCAUACUCUAUUUGUUCUAUAGAGCGUUUUUGCUGCCCAGAAAGACUUAUUUGAACUGUGUUGAUGUUGUAGUUUGAUAUCGAAUACACAGUACUUAAUGUUGUUGCUCAUUUGGUUGUUUUAUGGCUCAUAUCGCUUUAGAUUCUCCAAGAGUUGAUGCUUUCAUUUUUCUGAAGCAAGAUCUUGUUGCUUUCAGUAUGCUAGUCAUCAAUGUUUUAUUGAGAUUUUGUAAUGUUGUAAUAUACGGCUUUCUCUAAUAGAUGCCCAAAUGCAACUCCCAGUUUAAUCAAUAUUUGUAUUG